UAUGCGCAAGCUCUCAAUCGCGGUGGCGUUGGUCGGCUUGCCUGAAGUCCUGUUCCUGGACGAACCGUACGCCGGCGUCGACGUGCUGGCCAGGACGCGCAUCCACGAGAAGCUCAACCGCAUCAAGGACAGCACGGAAUGCAGCAUCGUGCUCACUUCUCACAGCUUGGAAGAAUGCGAGGCCGCCUGUGACCGGAUAUGCAUUAUGGUUCAAGGAACGAUGGUCUGCCUGGGCACAUUACAGCACCUUAAGGAUAAGUUCGGCAAAGGUUGCCGAAUCCAAUUCAUGCUUCCUGACGAUACCAAGGUCAAGUCUCAGGAACUGAUAAAGGACGUCGGUAACGCGUUCCCAGACAUGACGGUCUUGAAUACAAGUCCACAACUCCUCGAAAUCCGUAUCGAGGCAAAGCUUCCAUGGAGCACAAUUUUUCAAAGAAUUGCAUCGCUGGAGAAGGACAUCGAUUUCGAGCAUGUACUCGUUUCAGAUAACACCUUGGAGCAAUUAUUCAUUGAGUUUGCUAAGGAAGGCAAAAGGAAAGAAAAUAUUGCUGCCACUCAUCCAUCCACAGCCUAACCUCGACGGCUUUCUUUGGAAGCCAUAACAGAAUAUCUGACUGUGACCUGUUCAGUUCCGACUUGUGUGAA